AUGCUUCCAUCCAUUGUUAUUUCAAUCGUUUUAGCAUCCUUUGUGAGUGCAGAAUCAUCUAUUACAGAAGCACCAACAACAACCGCUGAAGAUAAUCCAUAUACUAUCUACCCAAGUGUUGCCAAGACUGCUUCUAUCAAUGGUUUUGCUGACAGAAUUUAUGAUCAAUUGCCAGAGUGUGCCAAGCCAUGUAUGUUCCAAAACACUGGUGUGACCCCAUGUCCAUACUGGGAUACUGGGUGUUUGUGUAUUAUGCCAACAUUUGCUGGUGCCAUUGGUUCUUGUAUUGCUGAGAAGUGUAAAGGCCAAGACGUUGUUUCUGCUACAAGUUUGGGAACUUCCAUUUGUUCCGUUGCUGGUGUGUGGGAUCCAUACUGGAUGGUGCCUGCAAAUGUCCAGAGCAGUUUAAGUGCUGCUGCCACUGCUGUUGCAUCGUCUUCUGAACAACCAGUUGAAACAUCUUCUGAACCAGCUGGAUCUUCUCAGUCUGUUGAAUCUUCUCAACCUGCUGAAACCUCAUCAUCUGAACCUGCUGAGACUUCAUCAUCUGAACCUGCUGAGACUUCAUCGGAAACAUCAUCCGAACAACCUGCUUCAUCUGAACCUGCUGAAACUUCAUCAGAAGAAUCUUCUACAAUCACUUCAGCCCCAUCAACUCCUGAAGAUAACCCAUACACCAUCUACCCAAGUGUUGCCAAGACUGCUUCUAUCAAUGGUUUUGCUGACAGAAUCUACGACCAAUUGCCAGAGUGUGCCAAGCCAUGUAUGUUCCAAAACACUGGUGUGACCCCAUGUCCAUACUGGGAUACUGGGUGCUUGUGUAUUAUGCCAACAUUUGCUGGUGCCAUUGGGUCUUGUAUUGCUGAGAAGUGUAAAGGCCAAGACGUUGUUUCUGCUACAAGUUUGGGAACUUCCAUUUGUUCCGUUGCUGGUGUGUGGGAUCCAUACUGGAUGGUGCCUGCAAAUGUCCAGAGCAGUUUAAGUGCUGCUGCCACUGCUGUUCCAUCAUCCUCCGAACAAUCAGUUGAAACAUCUUCUGAAUCAGCUGAAUCUUCUCAGUCUGUUGAAUCUUCUCAACCUGCUGAAACCUCAUCUGAACAACCAUCUGAGACUUCAUCUGAAACUUCUUCCCAACAACUUUCAAGUAUCACUUCAGCACCAGACUCCUCCGCUACAAGCAGCUCCUCAACCACAUCUACUUUUAUUAGAACUGCUUCCAUUAAUGGUUUUGCUGAUAAACUUUACGACCAAUUACCAGAAUGUGCUAAACCAUGUAUGUUCCAAAAUACUGGCAUAACACCAUGUCCAUACUGGGAUGCCGGUUGUUUAUGUGUCAUGCCACAAUUUGCAGGUGCUAUUGGUUCAUGUGUUGCCGAUAGUUGUAAAGGUCAAGAUAUUGUUUCUGUCACCAGCUUGGGUACUUCUGUUUGUUCUGUUGCCGGUGUUAAUGCACCUUAUUGGAUGCUUCCAGCUAGUGUUAAAAGUAGCUUAAGUGUUGCUGCUACUGCAGUACCAACCUCCGACAGUGCAUCUGAAACUGCUUCCCAAGAACCAUCUGAAACUUCAUCUGAACAGCCAUCAGAAACUGCUUCACAACAACCUGCUGAAACUUCAUCAGAAGAAUCUUCUACAAUCACUUCAGCCCCAUCAACUCCUGAAGAUAACCCAUACACCAUCUACCCAAGUGUUGCCAAGACUGCUUCUAUCAAUGGUUUUGCUGACAGAAUCUACGACCAAUUGCCAGAGUGUGCCAAGCCAUGUAUGUUCCAAAACACUGGUGUGACCCCAUGUCCAUACUGGGAUACUGGGUGCUUGUGUAUUAUGCCAACAUUUGCUGGUGCCAUUGGGUCUUGUAUUGCUGAGAAGUGUAAAGGCCAAGACGUUGUUUCUGCUACAAGUUUGGGUAGCUCUAUUUGCUCCGUUGCUGGUGUAUGGGAUCCAUACUGGAUGCUUCCAGCUAACGUGCAAAGCAGUUUGAAUGCCGCUGCCACUGCUGUUGCAACUUCUGAUAGUGCAUCUGAGGUUGCUUCUGCUUCCGAAUCCGCAUCUCAAGUUCCACAAGAAACUUCUGCUGCUUCAUCACAAUCAGCCAACAACUCAGUUGCUUCUGCUGCUCCAUCUAACUCGUCUGUUUCAGCUGCUCCAUCUAGCAACUCAUCUGGUGUUCCAGCUGCGCCAUCUAACAAUUCAUCUGGUGCUUCAGUUGUUCCAUCACAAUCAGCCAACAAUUCAUCUGCUUCAGCUGCUCCAUCUAACAACUCAUCUAGUGCUAUUUCUGAAAGUGUUGCACCAUCAAGCUACGGAAACUCUACCAUUGCACAACCAUCUACUUCUACAAAAUCCGAUGCUGCAUCAAUUACUGGUCCAAUUACUACAGACAAGGUUAUAACCAAUGAGUCUGGCAUUGUCUUUACAUCUACAGUAAUCAUUACACAUGUUUCUGAAUAUUGUGACCAGACUUCUGCUGCUGCUGUUCAAUCAUCAGCAUGUGAAGAACAGUCAAGUGCUAAAUCAGAACAAGCUUCUGCUUCAUCAGAACAAGUUAAGGUCAUUACUAGUGUGGUUUGGUGUGAGUCAUCUAUUCAAUCUAUUGAAUCUGUCAAAACAAGUGCAGAAGCUGCUCAUAAGACUGAGGUUAUUGCUAGUUGUGCAAGUGAAUUAAGCUCUUUGAGUUCUGCUAAAUCUGAAGCUAUGAAGACUGUUUCUAGUUUAGUUGAAGUUCAAAAAUCUGCAGUUGCCAAACAAACCUCGUUGGCUGCUGUACAAUCAUCUGCUGCUUCUGUACAAUUAAGUGCUGCUCACGCCCAAAAGUCGUCUGAGGCAGUUGAAGUUGCCCAAACUGCUGUUGCUGAAGCUUCUAAAGCUGGUGAUGAAAUUUCGACUGAAAUUGUUAACAUCACCAAGACAGUUUCUUCUGGUAAGGAGACUGGUGUUUCCCAAGCUACUGUUGCUGCUAACACACAUUCAGUUGCUAUUGCUAAUAUGGCAAAUACCAAGUUUGCCAGCACAAUGUCGUUGUUGGUCGCUAGUUUCGUGUUUGUUGGUCUCUUUAUUUAA